UUCUUUCUCACUUUUUUACCGAACAUCCUGAAGACUUUCUACACUAACGAGUCAGUGGUUGAGCGCAUUUACAGUGGCGCUGAUCUCAUGCUACCAGGCGUUUUCAAGGAUGGCCCGUUUGCCGAAAACUUUGCUGAUCUCUGCAAGGGUUCCGCUUGUGCUGUCGCUUCAUUCUCCGGUUCACCGGGUAGCCUACAGAGCUCCAAGGCUCUGGCGGUAGGCCUUCUGGAGAUGUCAGCUGCUGACUUUAAGGCUUCCGGAGGCAAGGGCGUUUUCGUCACAGUUUUACAUACCGCAAGAGACCGUUUGACACUCGAGGAAUUAGCCACACAGCCGGAAACUGUUGCCGCCUGUUCACCCAAGAAAUCAAGCUUUUGUGUUGAGGACUUCUACUUUGGUCCGCCCGUUUUAGAAGAGGUUCGUAUUAUCUCAUCCGCGGCCGCGCCCUUCUUCGCCGCGGCCGGUCUUGUAAAGGGCAGUGCAAUAACGCAGGCCGAGACUAAUCAAAUUGUGAGUGCUUACGUGGAUUCCAGGAAACUGCGAAACUCCGAUAACAAAAGCAUCAUAAGAGCGGACAACUUGUUGCUGAAGGUCUGUGAGCCCAACCUCCUGACCGAGGCGCCAAAUAGCACGCUGGCCCAACCCUUGUUUCAAAUCACCUACCAGGACCUAAUCACGUCAUUGACUCGGGGCCUAAAGGUCGUUUAUCGCCUAACUUUUCCACCUGAAAGUGGAUUGCAACCUUUCCUUACUGCUGGCAGCAAGCCCCCCAAGUUGGUUCUACUUGAAACGAAGGUGAACGGCAAGGAUGUGACUAGAAUUUCCAAUCUUGUGACUUUCGGUAUUGACCCAAAGAGUUUCUCGCGCCACCUUCGAACGAUCCUAGCUUGUUCUGUAAACGUCCUCGAUGAUACUUCUCAUUACACCUCUGCAGUCCAGGCCCAAGGAGCUCAUGCCGUCAGGUUGUCGAAACUGCUAACAGGUGAGCACAAUUUGUUUGUCCCAUACCUGAUUUUGUUGGUUUUCCUGCACUGUGGAUUUCUACCGCCAAACAAAGAUAUUUAG